ACUUUUGGAAAACAAUGAAGCCAUACAGAACCCUGACUCAUAGCAUCAGUUCCAUAUCCAAUAUAAUUUCCCACUCAAUCUAAAGAAUCAAUUUUCAUGGCUAAAAUCAAAGAAGCAUUAAAUUAUCUGAAUGAUUCCUUCCAACCCCAUCUUCAACUCAGCGACCCAACAACACAGAACCUAAUAAAUAGAGGAAAAGCAAAAACCUUGAAAUAAUAACGAAGUUGGGAAAGAAAAUUUGGGUGAAGGAAUACUUACCAGGAGCAGGGAUUGGGAACAAACCAAGAGAGCCCGUGCUUCACCUAUCUUUUGAGGCCAGGGAAAUCAGCUUUAAACGAGACAAACAGGGCCCUUGGGUACCCGAUUAAGAGGCUAUCGCUAUCACAAACUUAAAAACGAUGCCGUUUUAGUUGAGCUUCGAUGCUUCAUUCCAUCCCCUCUUUGAAAGUUCCAAUCUUUGCUCCAUCCAGUGCAUAAAGUUGCGAACUUUGUGCCGAUUCUAUACGACACGCACUCAAAUCAAAUUCCGGUUUAACUUCUCUCUUUUCUUCUCCAAAUUCAGAUUAAUUUUCGGCACAGAGGAAGGACAGAGCAUGAAGAAGUACGGGUUACAGCUUAGGGUUCCGCCGGCACAACAGAAAAAGCCAGCGGCAAGGCCUCCUCUUGCUCCUCCACGCGGCUUCCGUGAGGAUGAUGACGAUGAGAAUGAUGUCGAGAGGGAGAUUUUGCGCCAUGCCGCCAAGAACAAGUCUCUCAAGGAUAUUGAGGAGCAACAUAAGAAAGCGCUGGAGGAGGAUCCCUCGGUGUUUGAUUAUGAUGGGGUGUAUGAUCAGAUGAAAGAGGAGACUGUUCGUCCUGUUAUACAGGACCGUGAAGAGAGAAAGCCAAAGUAUAUUCAAAAUUUACUUAAAAAGGCAGAGAAGCGGAAGUUUGAGCAGGAGAUUGUAUAUGAGAGAAAACUUGCAAAAGAGAGAAACAAAGAGGAUCACCUUUACGCUGACAAGGACAAAUUUGUCACCGGUGCCUACAAGAAGAAACUUGCAGAGCAGGCAAAGUGGAUGGAGGAAGAGCGCUUGCGUCAACUUCGAGAGGAGAAAGAAGAUGUUACCAAGAAGAGUGACUUGAGUGAUUUUUACUUCAAUCUGGGCAAAAAUGUUGCAUUUGGUGCAAAAGAGGCUGCAGUGAGGAAGCAAGAAAAGCUAACAGAAUUAAGUAAAGUGGAGAAGAAAGAAGAGGAAGAGAGGGAUACAUCGGAGAGAAUGCAGUCAAUGCCAGAAUCAAGCUCUCUUAGGGACUCCCCCAGUUUGAGUGAGAAACAUGAUGAUGAAAUAAGUCCAAAAAGAAGAAUAGAGGCUCCAGAUUUGAAAUCAGUUUCUGAAAAGCCUGUUGCAGAGAUUCCAGAGCAAGAAAACGCUUCUGCUAAACAACCAUCAUCUGAUGAACCAAAGCGUGACCAUCAUAAAAGAAGUGAGGAUGCAGUUGCUGCAGCUAGAGAACGCUUUUUGGCACGCAAAAGAGCAAAAGACCAGUAAUUACUUGCUCUCUACUAAGUUCAGAACCAAAAGAGACAGUACCAUGUCUUGUAUGUUCCAUCUUUACUAUUUGUUUUGUGCUUGAAUCUUAUGAUAUUUACCAGCCAAGGGGUUGUUUGAUUUUGAAUUUUUUUUUUUUUUUGGUGGAAUGAAGAGUAAUAUUAAAC